CCCGAGGAAAAACUACUAACUCUCCCGGCAGGCCUUGCGCUUCCUUUUCAUUUUUUCCGCCGGCCGCGCAAGAUGUCCAAGCGAGGUGAGGCCUAGCUUGCUGAGCCGGGGCUGCGGGUGGCGCGGAAUCCGUCUCCAUCCCGGCGCUUCGGCGGGGAUAAGGAGACGCCUGGUGGCGGGUUGCGCGCGUGGGGACCUUGGCUGCCACGGGGGCUGGGUAUUUCCGCGUGGAAUACCGUGGGGUGCGGGGAAGGGGACCCUGGAAAUCCAGAGGAAGCGUUGGGUCGGGUGGGAGAGAGGUGUUGCUUAAGGGCCCCGCUGGCACCCUCGCAAGCACGCGUUUCAGGGCCUUGAGCCGCAUUCUGACGUGCUGUUAAGGAGAGGGUGCCGAGACGUGUCCGCGCCCGUGAAGCUGUACAGAGUUAGCGAGCCAAUAUACACGUCCCUGCUGGAGGAGAAUUAAGAAAAAGGGGUUCUGGGGUAGCAGAGGAAGGACAUGCACUCAAAAUACGUGUACUUGGCCUUAGGCCUAAGAGGAAGACUUGGGCAGGAUUCGCAAUUUCUAGAGCGCUUUUAGGAUGUGGGGUGCUAUAUCCUCUUCCCAGAAUAAGGUCGCCUGGUCUUCUGCCCUGCUCUGGAUUUUUCUGUAAUGAUGAUGAUGAUAAUAAUAAUAAUAAUAAUUAAUAAUACAGUAAUAGUAAUAAUAAUAAUAAUAAUAAUGUAUUUGUACCUCGCCCAUCUGGCUGGGUUUCCCCAGCCACUCUGGGCUGCUUCCACAAAGACCAAAAAUACACUAAGAUGUCACACAUUAAAAACUUCCCUGAUCUUAAGCAUGUAUAGUUGUUGAUUUUUAAAGCCUAAGUUUAAAAAUCCAGCUUCUAUUGUGCUAGCCAUCCAAAACAUCUGCAGACGCUUAAUAUAGAAUAAAACCACAUCCAAAUCUAACAGAAAUGUUCGGUAUAAGGACAGAUAAAAUAGAGGAGAGUCUCGUGUGAACUGUGUAAAUCAGACCUACAAUUAAUGGCUAUUUUAUCAAAAUUCUUUGCCCUGAUCUUCCUAGCUGCAAGAGCAACUUUAUAAGUUGUAAAGUUGACAGCAUCACUCAGCAGCCAUUUCGCCCUCUCUAUCGUAGUUAAAACGAUAGUUUUUUAUUAAAAAAUAAUUUCCCCCCUAUUUACUGCUACCUCCAGUCCCUUACCUUUAUUUUCCCUCCUGUGGGAUUUCAGAUUGUAAGCUCCCAAAGGCCUAUAUUCUGUAAGGAACCAGGCAGUUGUGGGUUCAAACCGCUCAUUGGGCGGAAGAUUCCUGCAUUGGCGGACUUUAUGAUCCUCAGGAUCCUUUCCAGCGCUACAAUUCUGUGUCAAUUGUUGGUGCUGUUAAUAUAUAUAUAAUAUAUAAUAUAUAUAUAAUUAAAGAAAGAAAGAUGAGGCAUACAGUACAAUCAUGUUUAUCAACCAGGAGCUGUAAGCCUUAAUCUUGCUUAUUUCAUGUUAAAAUACAUAGUAGUUGGGCCUCCCCAGUGUUUCUGGAUCAAGUAUGGAAACUUGUGGCCCUCGGAACAUUAUUGGACUCCGGUGAUCAUCUUCAGCCCGUGUGGCAAAUUGCCAGGAGUGACAGAGAUUGUAUUCCACAAAAUCUGGAGGAGCGCACCGGUUCCCCAUACCUGGUGAACAGGGUGGGUUUCCCUGGGCGGUGUGACGCAUGUAGUAGGUUUUCUUUUAUUUCUUUCGUUUUGAAGAGCUGAAAGUUUUCAUCUAUCAAAAUUGAAUAUCAAGUUUUAAGUAGCCAUGCAUGAAACUGCUUAGGUUUCGCGCACCACUCUUUAAAACUCGUCGUUUAUUUCAUCUUAAUAGACUUAUUGGAGCUGAACUAGACAGCAGUUGGUCAUGGCAGCGGUGAUGAAAGAGUGGUUUUGCGUAUAAAAGGGACUUGUGGGUGGAGAAAACCCUUCACUGUUUUGGGAGAAGCGAAACAGACCUUAAAAAGUGGUAGAUGUUGCGUGGGUCUUGGGCUAACUGUAUGUCUUUCAUCCCUGUCUCCAUAACAGGACGUGGUGGUUCGUCUGGUGCGAAAUUUCGCAUCUCCCUUGGUCUCCCUGUGGGAGCUGUUAUAAACUGCGCAGACAACACUGGUAUGUAGUAGUUGAAAAAAAAUAAUAUAGUACACCCCACUUGUUAUUCUUUAAGCUGUAUUACAAGAAAAGCUGAGGUGCUGAAAUUUUUUUGCUUGUUAUAGAAUUUUGCUGUGCAACUGUGGAAAGGUACAAGUGUUCUUCUAUGAUUUGCCUGUAAAAGGUUCUGUGUUCAAUCUGCGCCAUCUCCAGCUGGGAUGAGAAAGCCAGCAGUCUUUUAAUAGAGUAUUAAAGGGAAAAAUAAGGUUAGAAUGUGUUAAGAUAAUUAUAGGAUAGAAAACAGAGGAAGAUGGAAAGGAAUUGCUGAAACAAAGAAGUGGAAUACAAAAAGGGAGGUGUGAGGAGGUCGUGGAAACAAGUGAAUGAAAGAUAAGAUAAUGAAAUGUUUUUGUUUUUGUUUUAUUAGUUUUAUGUGAUAGUGUUUUGUAGUGUUUUUGUACUGUAUUGCAUUGGUUUGUUUGUUUGUUUGUUUUUUGUUAUAAUUAUUUAUUUAUUUAUGUUUUUUUCUUUUGUAGUGUUGUGUUUAAAUUGUUGGAAAAUUAAUAAAUAUUAUAUAAAAAAAAAAAGAGAGAAAGCCAGCAGUCUUGGGAUUCUUGGGAGCUGCUGCCAGCCAACCUAAGCUCUAGCUUACCUUCGAAUUUUGGGUUGCAAGCAUCAGGGCAGAAGGGGGUGGAGGCAGUUGGAAGAAGCUUCCCUAAGGUGCAUUGAUCAGCAUGCAACUUACUUUUCCUCUUAUCUGAAGAAGUGUGCAUGCACACGAACACUUAUACAGUGGUACCUCGGGUUAAGUAUUUAAUUUGUUCCGGAAGUCCGUUAUUAACCUGAAGCACCACUUUAGCUAAUGGGGCCUCCUGCUGCCGCCGCACCGCCACAGCAUGAUUUUUGUUCUCAUCCUGAAGCAAAGUUCUUAACCCGAGGUACUAUUUCUGGGUUAGCGGAGUCUGUAACCUGAAGCGUAUGUAACCCAAGGUACCACUGUACCAAGAACAAACUUAAUUGGUCUCUAAGGUGCUACUGGACAAUUUUUUAUAUACAUUUCGACUGCGUCAGACCAACAGACCUACCUGAAUCUAUUCUUCUUAGGUUGGUGUAGAUGUUUGCUGGCAUUUUGUUCAGUCAGAAUGGUGGCAUAUCGUGGUGUGGCUUCUACGAAGGGCGAUGUAUGGGUUCUUGAUCCUAGCUGGGGAGAGAGGGGUAAAAGUGAAUUCCAUUGCCUUGAUCUCUUUCCAUUCUGAAUUUGUGAGAAGGAGCGGCCUUUAUUCAGUUCUGACUCUAAACAGCAAUGCUCAUCGAAAAUGUAACUGGGCAGAAGCGGCAGGUUUCCCCUUCUGAAAAGCACUUGUUGGGUCUGCUUUCCCGUGGCCCAGGGAGUUGUCGUAGAAGGGUACAGCAAUAGCACAACUUUUGGGUGAGGCGACAGCUUGUGCUGCUUUGCUUCAAUCAGUUGUGUCACAUAUACUUGAAGAGGAAGUCUCUUUGACCUUUGCUCCGGGGUGAAUAGAAUGAUGAUGAUUCUGUUUCCUUUGCAGGGGCCAAAAAUCUAUACAUCAUCUCUGUGAAAGGGAUUAAGGGACGCCUGAAUAGGCUGCCGGCUGCUGGUGUGGGAGACAUGGUAAUGGCUACUGUCAAGAAAGGCAAACCAGAGCUCAGGAAGAAAGGUGAGUGAUGGAGGAAGCUGGAUUCGUGGAUUUGAAGCCCCCUUACUGUGUUAAUUGCAUAGGGACUACAGGUAGUGGGAAAAUAGCUGAUCGUAAGGGAGAACAGUGUUGUGACCUUGAUUGUGUUGAUGAGAGAUAGAAUGCAGUCAUUUUAAAAUGAUGGAAAAUAUUUGACCUAAAUUAUGUUCUAAUUCAUAUGUCUCCAGGAUGCGCAUAAAUUGGCUGUUAUUCACAAUUAAGCAGAUUUUUUACCAGCUAAGUAGGUCCUUCAGUACUAUCUAGGAGCAUAAUGUGUGGUCAUGCAACGUACAAUUACUUGCAUAUAUAUAUAUAGAGAGAGAGAGGGUGUGUGUGUGUGUGUGUGUGUGUGUGUGUGGUGUUAGAGUUAGUCUCCCAGAGGGCAGGUGGAUCCUCAUGUUAGUGUUGGAUGCUAUACCCAGAGCCAAAUGUAUGCUGCACUCAAAAAAACAUUUUGCUCCAAGAAAAGGUGUAUUGUGUCCUGUAGUUUAAAUAAUAUGUUGGCCAUUGAUGUCCUGUCCAUUAGAAAUCGUGCUUCAGAGCCAAGGCUAGGUCCACCGAAACCUAUGUACUGUACAUCUUGUUUUCAUUGAAUUAAAUGGUAGGCUUAAGCCUAUAUAAUCCAUACACAUACACUAUCAACUAUAGAACCCUAAGGAAAUUGAUGGUUAGGAGGGUGCAUAUUACCUUUGAGUUUAAGCCCAAGGGUUGUGGUGUACCUGUGCUGGCUGCAUAUUCUUUAUUCGGCAGCUCGUACUGAAUUUCUCUUCCUUUCUGCAGUGCAUCCGGCAGUUGUGAUUCGUCAACGGAAAUCGUAUAGGAGAAAAGACGGGGUGUUUUUGUACUUUGAAGACAAUGCGGGGGUCAUAGUAAACAACAAAGGGGAAAUGAAAGGUAUGGUUGAUGACUUGGGGUAGGAAGCCCUCCCCCCAAAAGCCACAGUAGGCUUGCAACUUGCGUGGGCAGGGGUUGCGUUCUGGGGGUUGCACAUGAAGCUGAAAUUGCAUAUAAUCAGAACAAGCCCAGAACUGCCCCCAUGUGACCAUCCCUACCUUUCUGAAGCCAGUGGGCCUCCCCCCACAAGACUUGCUUAGCUGUCUCUGGAAGGCCCAGAGCCUGGGCAAAACCAAAAUCCCAGGGCCUAGUAAGCAAGGUGAAGGAAGUGUUUGAAAGCUCUUUCUGCACUGAGAAAACCCAGCAUGGAAAGAGCUUUUAAGCUCUCUCCCUUGGCAUGUGUUUAAUUUGUGCGAUUGUAGCUGACCGGCUGUAAAGCUGCAAUUGCGCAAGUAAAAAGAGUGCAAAUUGCGAGUCGACUAUAUUGUGAAAUUAUUGCUUCAGGUUUGGCUUUGCAGCUGAAGCUGCCGUGCCAGUGUGUUAAUGACUUCUUCCCAAGACCCAUUUAUUAAAUACAAAUUCAGCAAAUACGUUUCAUAGGAAUUCCUUUGCCAGUGCUUAAUGGUGGUUUUUACAAUUUUUGCCCCCUCCAGGCUCUGCUAUCACAGGCCCCGUAGCCAAGGAAUGUGCAGAUCUGUGGCCCAGAAUCGCCUCCAACGCUGGCAGCAUUGCAUAAACCUGUCUUGUAAAAGUCCAAUAAAAAAAGUGGUUGUACCAAACUCGUUGACUUGUAGCAACUUCACAAUUUGUGUAAGGUGUUUGAGUGAGUGUCCUGAAGACAGCAGAAAAGCUUGGGUCAAUCACUCUCCCAGCCCAAUCUUAUCUCAUAGGGUUGGUGGGAUAAAAUGGGGUGCCCCUAUGUGUGCCUUGUGUCCCCUGGUGUAAAUGCAAUAAAUAGUCUGAAAGCUUCACAAGGACAGCUUUUCAACUGUUGGCCUUUCACUUGUCCAGUAACGGGGGUAAUCCCUCUUGUUUAAACUUUCCUGCUAUGUGUUCCCAGUUCAGUGAAAUUAUGCUUUCAUGCAACUUGCCUGCAAUUCAUCUGUCUGCCAGAAAACACUAGGAUUUGGGCUUGUGUCCUAGACCUUAGGGCCUUAAUAUCAGUCUUCUGAGACUCGGGAACUGCUUUCAGCAACAAGUGUGCAGGAAGGUUAGCUGAUCUGUAAGUCAUCCUGUGAUCCAGUUACGGGUAUGUGGAACCAGUUGAAUAAGCAUACUCUACGGUGAUUUCCCAGCUUGUGCAAGUGUCAGUUCUGGUUGGCCUUUGGCAUUACACUAGUCUGUAUCGUGCCCAGUGUUCUUCUGCAUCUUUCUUGUCUGUGAUCUUUUGGAACAUCCUUCUGUACUAUUUAUUACUGUUUAAAAAGUUGAGAACCUAACCAUUUGUGUUAAUUAUGCAGUUAUACCUGUAUCAGUUCCUGAGCAAGGAUAGUAAAAUUAAAAUAUUUUGAACUUUG